AGCGGAAAAGAAUCAUAGGAAAUAAUCGAUGACAAUAUUAUGAAGGUCAUGUUCACUGGUCCAAGUCCAAUUGGUAGUAGUAGUAAAAAGAAGCAUUCUCUCUCUCUCUUAUCUCAGUCUCAAUAAACUAAUCAAGUUUAAAGCACCACACACAGCAUAUACACAAAGAAGCUCUCUUUCACUAUCACCACUCUCCCUUUCGCUUUUCGUCCUAACCAAAAAAGAAGAAGAAGAUCUAAUAAACCACCAAUUCAUUCAUCAUUUCAACAACGUGUGUGUGUGUGCGUGUGAAUUAUUAUGGGAGGGGUGACGUCCUCGAUGGCGGCGAAGUUCGCGUUCUUCCCGCCGAAUCCGCCGUCGUACAAGGUGGUGACGGACGACAUGACGGGGCUGCUGCUCCUGACGCCGUUCCCGCACAGGGAGAACGUGGAAAUCCAGAAGCUGCCGACGCGGCGGGGCACGGAGAUUGUGGCGCUGUACAUACGGCACCCGAUGGCGACGUCCACCGUGCUCUACUCCCACGGCAACGCAGCUGAUCUCGGCCAGAUGUACGAGCUCUUCAUCCAGCUCAGCAUCCACCUCCGCGUUAACCUCAUGGGGUAUGACUAUUCUGGGUACGGACAGUCAUCAGGGAAGCCAAGUGAGCAGAAUACAUAUUCAGAUAUUGAGGCAGCAUACAAGUGUCUAGAAGAAAGUUAUGGUGCCAAGCAGGAAGACAUAAUCCUUUAUGGGCAAUCUGUUGGCAGUGGCCCAACUUUGGAUCUUGCAGCUAGGUUGCCUCAAUUAAGAGCUGUUGUUCUGCACAGUCCCAUACUUUCUGGCUUAAGGGUCAUGUAUCCAGUAAAGCGUACAUACUGGUUUGACAUAUAUAAGAAUAUUGACAAGAUUCCGCAAGUUAAUUGUCCAGUUCUCAUAAUUCAUGGUACUUCAGAUGAAGUUGUAGAUUGCUCCCAUGGCAAGCAACUCUGGGAACUGUGUAAAGAGAAGUACGAACCACUGUGGCUCAAAGGAGGAAACCAUUGUGAUUUGGAGCUCUUUCCUGAGUACAUCAGGCAUCUGAAGAAGUUCAUAACAACAGUUGAGAAGUCUCCAUCGCAACGAUACAGUUUCCGGCGGAGCACAGACCAGUUUGAGCAGCCUCGAAAGAGUACAGAUAUUUUUGAAGUAAGUAGAAAGAGCACUGAUCGUAGAGAAAAGCCAAGGAAGAGCACAGACAAGCCAGAAAAGCUGAAAAACUUGUCUAAUAAUUCUGAUAUGUUAGAGAAAUUGAGAAUGACUUUUGAUCACAAGGAAAGGUCUAGGAGAAGUGUGGAUUGUCAUGAGAAGUCCCGGAAAAGCAUUGACCAUCAAUUAGAAAAAGCAAGGAAGAGUGUUGACAGGCUGGACAGAAUAAGGAGUGGAUAAUAAUUCUUCUUAUAGUGAAAUUAUAUUCAUGCAUGGGUUGGUUUUAUGGGGUUCUUUUUCUUUUUUAUAUUGGUCAUCAUGUUGUGUAGUAUGGCUUAUAUCAGAUAUGAAUACUAUUUAGCAUUGAAGAAAAGGGUUUGGUGUCAUAGUGAGAUUCACUUUUCAUUCAUAUGGUAUGGCCUAUUUACCUCUGUUGCACUCUCCCACUUUAUGUGACAAAUGCUACUAGCAUGUUAGCACAUUAAUCUUUUGAAAAAUUUGUCAAAAAUAUUUUAUCAAAAGAUACAAA